UGAAAAAAUGAAGAAGAAAACAGAACUAGCUGAAGCCGACAUAGCAAUUUAACAGCACAGGAAAUAUAAUCUGCUUCUGCUGAGAAAACAACAGAACUGCAAACUUGUCCAGAUCACACUUACUGUUGGGCACACUAUAUAUUUGGAUGUUUAGCCACUGUCUGGGCAGAGCUGGCAGAACAGGGAAGAGAAAGAAAACCCAACCUGUAAAGCAUGAGAAAAAAAAAAAAAGCUGGCACAGACCAAGAAAUUAAGAGCAUGGAAAUGCACAGGAAGCCAGGGGGUGCCUUCCUGUGAAAAGGUGCUUCAAGCACAUCAGAACAAAUGAGAACUCCAGCAGAGCAAAGUGGAGAAGAAAAAUUAAGAGUGACAAAAACCAAGAGCAGCAAUCGUGUCACUGGCUGCCCUAAUGACACACCAGCUGCAAACCCUCCUGCAGAAUGAUCAGUCUGGAGAUUGCUGACCCCUGGCUGUUGAGUUCAUCAAUCAGGCCCCCAAAUACACUUUCCCUUUGCACUGUGGAUAUAGGAUAAAAAACAGAGCAGGGGCAAGGACACAGAUUUUUAAGGACCAAAGUCCAGCUUCAGUUGCUCAGUGGCAUCUUCAGACUCCCUGGAAGCAGUGCCCUGGGAAGGACAGUGUGCCCUUGGGGUGCUCCAUGUUUCAACCACAGGGUUCAUUUUUCAUCUCUCAUAGGGCUUAUCCCAAGAAGAAGCACUGCCAGGACACAGCACUCCUCUGUGCUUUCCCAGAGAAAAAUGUCAGAGAAAUGUCUCUCAUGUCAGAGAACAUGAGCCUUGCACAGCUCCUGGCAGUCUCCCAUUUUACUGCAGAGGAGUCACAGCCAUCACCAAGGGAAAUCCCUGAGCCUGAGCCUGGGGCAUCUGUCAGUGUGUGCAGCCUCUGUCAGGGUGAGCGCCCUCACCUCACACCUGGAUGGCAGAGCCACCUUCCACUGCCUUUGCUGAAGCUCCAGCUGCAGAAAAUCACAAAAAUUCCUCCCAGAAGAGUUUUUUUUUGAGCCAACUGCCAAGCAGACUGAGAAUGGUGAUAACCCAUGAGCAGGAGCCUCUCCCAGACAGCUGCCAGGGGAAGUCUGUUACCUCUUGUUGUUUGCAGAGGGCUGGAGGUGAGAAAAACCACUCUCAGAGCAUGAUGCUGGGCCGAGAAGUCUCCCUGCCUCUCAGGGCAGCACUUAAUCAGCUUUGACGUGCCUAAACACUUAAUCCCCACGGGGUUGCAGCAGGAGGAACCAGCUAAUUUAUUUUCACUGUGCACAGUCCAACCGACCCUGCCCUGCCCGUGGUUCACCUGCCCAAAAGGUACACGCUCUUUUUCUUGCCUCCUUCUCUACUAUCCAUCAGGUAUUAGAUGCUGUGGCUGAUGUGUGGCUGGUCAUGUUCUUUCUCGUUGUAUUUAUAUUUACUUGUGCAGCAAAGGCUGGGCUGAGUCUGAAUGUCUCCAAUUCAUGCCCAAGCAUGUGCAAAUGUACACCUGAAGAGACCAUCCUCUGCAACAGAGCUGGACUGAAAACCCUACCUGGAGAAAUAGCACCAUCCACCAUCUCUCUAAACCUCUCCAACAAUUAUUUGCGGAUUCUCAACACCAACACCUUCAGAAACCUGACUUUCCUUCACAGCCUCUGGCUAGAUGGGAACAAUCUGACUUUCCUGACCCCAGGAACUUUCCAUACUCUCAGCAGGCUGCAAGAGCUGCACCUCAGCAGGAACUCACGCCUCACCUACCUGCACGCAAACACUUUCAGAGGACUAUUAAACCUCAUCAGCCUGGAUUUGUCCCACUGCAAUAUCUUCGAAAUCCACCCACUUCUAUUUUCACACUUGCCUUCUUUAGAAAGUCUUGAUUUAGCCGCCAAUAACAUGAGGUAUGUUCCACAAGCCUUUAGGAACCUCUCCAGCCUCACGAGGCUGUCCCUGGAGGGCAAUCACAUAGAAGCCAUCGGCAGAGAUUCCCUGAAGGACCUGGAAACUCUGUGCGAUCUGAAUCUCAGAAAGAAUCGGAUAUGGAUCAUUCAAAACGGAGCUUUUACAAAGCUUCUCAGACUGGGCAUGUUAAAUUUAGGACACAACUUCAUCACUGAUUUGCCUAAUCAGCUUUUUGAAGGCUUGAUCCAGCUCAAGACCAUGCACCUCGAAGCCAACAGAAUCACUGCCGUCGACUGCACCUUCAGACAGCUGCUCAACUUGAGAAACUUGUACCUGAACAACAACCAGAUCUCCUCGAUCUCAGACUCUGCUUUUUUACACCUAAACAAGCUGCACUUCCUCCACCUGAGCAGAAACAACCUCAGCUCCCUGCCCAGGCGCCUGCUGUCCGAGCUGCCCAAGCUGAGAUACGUGUUCCUGUCCCACAACCCCUGGAGCUGUGACUGCAGCACGCUCUGGCUCUGGCGCUCCCCACGCCGGGCGCUCCUCGAGGGGCUGGACUGCGCCUUCCCCGGCCCCGCCAACACCACGGGGCCCCUGGGGGACUGCCCCGUGCCACCGCCACCGGCCACCGAGGACAAGUGCGGGGUGGCCGGCACCAGCGUGGCCCCCAGGCCCCCCAGGCCCGGGCAGCUCAUCCUGCUGGCACUCGCCUGGUACACCGAGAGGGGAUGGGGCACCGCGGCGGCCACGUUCUAAUGGUGUUCGAAUCAUAAAGUGGGGACUGCUUGUUUGUGCUCUUGACAUUUUGUUUAUGAACAAUGGUUUUCGUGACAGUGGGUUUUAUAUGGAA